GCCUUCAUCAGAGAUCUAAGCCAGCUGCACUGUUUCAACUGCAAGAAGACUGGAAAACUGAAGGAACCUGCAUGUAAACCCUUCUGCAUGUAGACCGGAGAGGGAGCUGCCAGCUCUAUAGAACACAGACAAACUGCUACAAACAUGAGAAAUUAAUAAUUUCUCUUAAAAUGAUCCCUGCAGGAGCUCCUUUGCUGAAGAUUCUCAGGCCUUAAAGGGCACUUCAGCCCUCAGAGUGCGUCUUCUUGGGAAUUCUGACCUCUGAGGUUAAGUGGAAUCAGUUUGUGUGAAGGGCUCAGGAGAAGGGGAGGAGGGAGAACUUUGUGGGAGGUGGGAGGCCACAGCGGGGCUCCUGCACUUCUCAAGAAGGAGACGAAGCAGUUGUCAGGAAACGGCGUGAGAGGAGGAGAUGGCCACAGGAGAAAUCACAACACUUCCCGCCGUACCUGAAGACGGCGGCAGCGGCGGCUUUUCUCCUGGGAGCUUCAAGGAUCCAAAGAGGCUGUACUGUAAAAACGGAGGCUUUUUCCUGAGGAUUAAAACCGACGGGGGUGUGGAUGGAAUCCGAGAGAAAAACGACCCCCACAUAAAGCUUCAGCUGCAGGCGACCUCGGUGGGGGAGGUGGUCAUCAAAGGAGUUUGUGCAAACCGUUAUCUGGCGAUGAACAGAGAUGGCCGGCUGUUUGGAGCGAGACGAGCAACAGAAGAGUGCUACUUCCUAGAGAGGCUCGAGAGCAACAACUACAACACCUACAGCUCCAGGAAGUACCCAAGCAUGUACGUGGCGCUGAAGAGGACUGGCCAGUACAAGUCCGGAAACAAAACCGGACCGGGUCAGAAGGCCAUUCUCUUUCUUCCAAUGUCGGCAAAGUGCUAACCGGGGGAUCAGACGGCGAGAGAUCGACAAUGUGAAGGCAAUGACCACAGUGUU